AUGCCUUUCACCAAGCUCGUCAAGAACUCCCCCUACUUCUCCCGUUUCCAGACCAAGUACAAGCGCAGAAGAUCUGGAAAGACCGACUACUACGCCCGUAAGCGGCUGGUCACCCAGGCCAAGAACAAGUACAAUGCGCCCAAGUACAGACUCGUCGUCCGAUUCACCAACCGCGAUAUCAUCUGCCAACUAGUUACCGCCGAGCUCACCGGUGACAAGGUCUUUGUGGCCGCCUACGCCCACGAGCUGAAGAGAUAUGGAAUCAAGAACGGUCUGACCAACUGGUCUGCUGCCUACGCUACCGGCCUUUUGCUUGCCCGCCGUGCGCUGAAGAAGCUCGGUCUGGAUGAGCAGUUCACCGGUGUUGAGGAGCCGGAUGGUGAGUACAAGCUCACCGAGGCUGCCGAGGGUGAGGACGGUGAGGAACGCCGCCCGUUCAAGUGCUUCUUGGAUGUCGGUCUGCACCGAACCUCUACUGGUGCCCGUGUUUUCGGUGCCAUGAAGGGUGCUUCCGACGGUGGUCUGUACAUCCCUCACAACGAGAAGCGUUUCCCCGGCUACGACCCAGAAGGCAAGGAGCUUGAUGCCGAACUUCUCCGCAAGUACAUCUUCGGCGGUCACGUUGCCGAGUACAUGGAGACCCUCGCCGACGAUGAUGAGGAGCGUUACAAGUCGCAGUUCGUCAAGUACAUUGAGAACGACAUUGAGGCUGACGGUCUUGAGGAGUUGUACUCUGAGGCCCAUGCCGCCAUCAGAGAGGACCCCUUCAAGAAGGAUGAGGAUGAGGGUGAGAAGAAGACCAAGGAAGAGUGGAAGGCCGAGGGCAAGAAGUACAAGGUCAACAAGAUGUCCAAGGAGGAGAAGGAGAAGAGAAUCGCCGAGAAAAUUGCGGCUCUUGCUCAGUAA